AUGGUAGAAUACAACCUCCAUGUUCCAGCAGCAUGUCCAUUCCACGUUCGUCGCUUGAAUAAAUCAAUCUACCUUUUCCGAGAACACGACAACUACGGCCAAUUCCCAAACAUCUACGCAAAGAUCUGUUCAACUUCAGACGCAAAUGGCACCUCUAGCUCCCCAACCUCAGUGAUUGUCCUGAGCGAUGCAGGCUGUGCAACAUCCAUCAAGAACCCCGAAUACGAUAUCUCGAAAGAUCCCUCAACACCCAAAUACUGGAACAUCUACACAGUUCUAAAGCACACAAUUAACCCGCAUGGCCAACUACCCUAUCUCGUCAUAACCACACACUGUCAUUUCGACCAUAUCCUAGGCUUAGGCCUGCUCCCACCAACUGACUCAGAUCCACAAAAUCUGCACAUUGACCAGAGAAAGGGGCCUCAAACAACAGUCCUGUCAUCCGCGCAUAACGCGAAUCAUAUAAAUCCCUGGAAUCGAAUUUGCUGCCACUCGCUCGCAAAGAAGUUUAAUGCAAAAUGUCCAUACUACUCCAUUGGUAUGUGGGCGACCGAUUACCAAGAUGUGAUAUAUUUAGCUCCUACUACUACCCCUGGUUCAUCUAUCAAAAUACCAACCGGUAUCACCAUAAUCCAUACACCGGGCCACACCCCAGACUCACUUACAUGGUACGAUCGAGAUUCCCAUCUCAUCUGUGUCGGAGACAGCUUCUACGAAUCUUCAUCCAAGGACACAAAAGAAUGUGAACUUGAAAAAUCUAUUCGGGCCCCUAUAAUCUUUGAAGAAAGAAGUCAUUUAAAAACUUGGUGGGAGAAUCUGAAUAAAGUGCUGAAGUUUGUAAAAACAGAAAACGACCGGUUAGCGAGUCAACAUACUGGGCCUACAACAGCACCAUGUGUAGCAAUAGCUGCAUCCCAUGUUACGACUACUUUUCCCGAUGCUGUGGGAUUUUUGAUCUCGAUUCGAGAAUUCAUGGCUCGUAUACUUCGGGGUGAAGUUCCGAUGACUCCGCUGGAUAGUGGGGUGCUUCCUUUCGAGGAUUUUAUGGUGUAUGAUGAUGGAUUGGAGGCUGGAUCUUCUAAGGAUUUUGAGUGGAUUGUUUGGGCACCUAGACAGAUAAUUGAGGAGGGGAUUAAAGAGUUGAUGGGGGAGUAUUGA